UUUAUCCCAACAGCGUGCAACAAAAUCAGCAAUGACUUCAACAAGGAGAGCAACGCUGUGCGCCGUCGCAGGGGCGGCUCGUCCCUCACUCGUGUUCAAAGGAUGUCUGUAUCGUCACCCGGCGACAGUCACGUCCACCCGCUUCAGAUCAACACAACAACCACCAAAACCGCAACUACCCCCGAUGCCGCCCUCAACACCAUCAUCCUCGCCCGGCACUGAACCGCCGGCGCCUGAAAGCCCAAUAGAACCACCACCGAAGCCGGACACGGGCAAUCUUUUACAACGGUUCGCAGCCAAGCUGAGGAGCGAGGUGGAGGAGCUCGAGAACUCGAGGAAGCAGAAGGAAGCGGAGGCUGCGAAGGGGAUACAGGACCUCGAUCUGGGAGCGGCGGGACCUACUGGGGAGCAAGAGAAGAAGAAGCCCGGAUUCUUAUCCAACAUCGACGAGAGGCUUACAGCCCAGCGUCGAGAGCUUGAGGAGGCCCAGCAGGCGAAACGGGCUGCGGGACAGUCUACUCGUGUUUCGCCGACGAUGCAGAAGCGUAUGGAUACUUUCCUGGAUCUGGACGCGAAUUUGAAGGAAAGAGAUGAGCUAUUGAAGCAGGCGUUCAGAGAGGGAUAUUGGGAUGAUCUGAAAGAGGCGGCUAGGAAAGGAGCAAAGCUGUGGGAAGCCCCAAAAAGGGCGCGGGCCCCAAACAUGAGCCCGCAAGUUCCCAACCCACUUUCGAAAACGCUGACAGGCGAGGAGACGGACGUGCUCACGCUGGUCAAGACAAAACAAGUCUCGCUGGUCACAUUCAUGUUUUCAGCUUUGGGAGAGGGCCACGUCAAAACCUACAUAGAUCCGUUCCUUGCAGCAUUCGCAGAUCAACCAAACUUGCAGGUGGUGCAGCUGAACGUGGAAGAGAACUGGCUGAAAGCGCCCGUCUUGAAGUUGAUGACCCCGUUGGUCAGACGGAGCGUCCCCAAGGAGCGACAGUCAACCUACCUCCUCCACUACAAGCCCAUCAUCGCAGCCCGGCGCGCGGCCGGGAUGACCAACAACGUACUGGGCUGGGCUAACCUCGUUGAUAGACAGGGGCGGAUACGGUGGCAGGCCCAUGGACCCGCCAAGGAGCAUGAGAUUGAGAGCAUGAUUAGGAUAACGAGGACGUUGGCGGGGUUGGCGGAGAGUGGGAAGGUGGGGAAGAAGGCGGCUGGUGCUGCUGAGGCUGCGAUGGCGGGUGAGGCUGCGCCUAAGAGUGCUUAGCAUAGGUUUCGUAACUGAUGCCCGAGUCAACCACAUCAUCACGGCGUGAGGUUUGGGGUUAGUAGACUAGACUGUAUAUAUUCUGCGAGAAUGAUAGACCUAAUUAAGCGAAAUCAUCGAAAAAUUGGAC